AAUACUAUAUGGUGACAUGUUACCUUCUUUUUCCCUAAUCCUUCUUUUUGGUACUAUUGAUGAAAACAGAACCGAUGUGUGAACAUGGUUGCACAUCUAUUCAACGCUCCGUUGGGAGAGACGGAUACGGCCGUCGGAGUAGGUACUGUCGGAUCAUCGGAGGCCAUACUGUUGGCUGGUUUGGCCUUUAAGCGUAAAUGGCAGUACAAGCGUAGAGCCGAAGGCAAACCCUUCGAUAAACCCAACAUUGUCAAUUGAGCCAAUGUUCAAGUGUGCUGGGAGAAAUUUGCUAGGUAUAUUGAGGUUGAGCUUAAGGAAGUGAAACUAAGAGAAGGAUACUAUGUGAUGGACCCGGAGCAAGCUGUUGAGAUGGUUGAUGAGAACACUAUAUGUGUUGCGGCCAUUCUUGGUUCCACUCUCAAUGGAGAAUUUGAAGAUGUCAAACUCUUGAACGAUCUCUUGAUUGGAUAUACCGAUCCAUGUGGAUGCAGCAAGUGGAGGAUUCAUAGCACCUAUGGACUUGUGUACGCAGGGAUUGGCUGGGUGGUUUGGAGAAACAAAGAGGAUUUGCCUGAUGAACUCAUCUUUCAUAUCAACUACCUUGGUGCUGACCAACCCACUUUCACACUCAACUUCUCCAAAAGUUCGAGUCAAGUCAUCGCUCAAUACUACCAGCUGAUCCGAUUGGGCCAUGAGGGUUACAGAAAUGUGAUGGAACAAGGUGUUGUCCUCGCCACCACCAAGACGAAGCCUAAGAUCUCUGUCAACAAGUCCAUCCUGAAGAAGGAAUUCCCCACGAUGUCCAAGGCUGUUGCUAACCAGGUUUCUGUGGUGGAUCUCAAGGUGGAUCAACAUGUGAAGUUCCCUGUACACAGGAACAAUAAGAGCAAGCAAAAUUUCAAGCGCAAAAUCAAGAUGAAGAAGUCACCCACUUCGGUAUCUCCUGCAGGUCUUUUAGAGAAUAAUGAUAGUCCUGGACGCAUGGAACAUCCUCACAUGUACCCUUGA